AUGACCUUUGACCCUUCCACCAGCGCUAUGAAGCUAACAGAUGAAGUGUUUCGUUCUCUACGAGUCUCUAAAGUGUUUCGCGAGAACACAGAUCGUGUCAAUUGUAUCGACUUCUCUGCUAAUGGCGAUUCUAUGAUCACAAGUAGCAACGAUGAUUCUAUCGUUAUUUACUGUUGUCUAGAGGGAAGGCCCAAGAGAACACUGUACAGUAAGAAGUACGGCUGCGAUCUGCUGCAAUACACACACGCACCGAACACCAUCAUCUACUCUUCAAACAAAGUCGACGACACGAUUCGCUACCUCUCUCUACAUGACAACAAGUUCCUCCGUUACUUCCCUGGACACACCAAGAGGGUGGUGGCGCUGCAAAUGUCCCCAGUCAACGAUACUUUUAUCUCUGGCUCUCUUGAUAAGACUAUUCGGUUGUGGGACCUCCGCUCUCCUAACUGUCAGGGGUUAAUGCACCUCAACGGCCGCCCAGUCGUCAGUGUAGACCCAGAGGGGUUAAUAUUUGCUGCUGGCGUUGACUCAAGGCAGCUCAAGCUGUACGAUCUCAGAACCUUUGAUAAGGGGCCAUUUGCCUCAUUUCAUGUGCGGCAGGACUUUGCGGGGGCGGAGUGGACGGGGUUAAAGUUCAGUCAGGAUGGCAAGAAGAUCCUCGUGUCUAUGAGCAUUGGUCAGCUGAAACUAGUCGAUGCAUUCAACGGACACGAACUCAACACUCUGACAGGUCAUGUCAACAGUGGUGGUCUAACACUAGAGGCUGGCUUUACCCCAGACUCUAAAUACGUGCUGUCAGGUUCUCAGGAUGGCACAGUACACGUGUGGUCCUCUGAUAGUGGAGAGAGAGUAGCGCUGUUGGAUGGUGGUCAUGCUGGACCCACACAUUGUGUGCAGUUUAACCCAAAGCUCAUGACACUAGCCACUGCUUACAACAGUAUGGCUCUAUGGCUGCCCACCAACCUGGAGGAGCCACCAGCACCUGCAGUGGCUGAACUCAUAAACAAUCAUGUCUCUUGAGCAUUGCAACACACACACAACUGUACGUAUGAAUACACAGCUCUGAGUUAUUGUACACAUUUCAUAUUCUAAUGUAAUAAUGAAAGACAA